AUGGAUUUUACCCCAAAAUUUAUGGAAAAGGCCAUUGAAGAGGGCUGUGAAGGCGUUUUGAAGCAAGACGGUGGUCCAUUUGGAGCUGUGAUAGUCAAUAAGGAUGGGAUUGUGGUCAGCGGACAUAACAUGGUACGGUUUUUAUAUUAAUUUGCCUAUGGCAAUAUAAAAUUAACCAAAAUUUUAAUUUUUAUAGGUCCUAAAGACGCAUGACCCAACUGCCCACGCCGAGGUUACUGUAAUUCGCAUGGCUAGUGCAAAAUUGCAACGAUUUGAUCUCAGCGAUUGCACUUUGUACACCUCUUGUUAUCCAUGUCCAAUGUGUAUGGGAGCCACUUUAUGGGCUGGAAUCAAGAAAGUUUAUUAUGCUGGGACGUCAAUAGAUGUGAGUAGUUACUAUAAACCUCAUAAUCUUCAAAUUUAUACAAGAAUCUGACACUCUACCGCAAUUUUUUAAAAUUCCAUCAAGUACAAUAUAAAUUUCAGGCGGAGAACGCCGGAUUUGGCGACAAAAUCUACCACGACUUCUUGAAAAACCCUGAGGCUGGGAGUCUAACAAAGUUGGAAAAAGUUGACAGCGAUAAUCGACUAAAACCUUUUGAAACUUGGGCAAAUCAAGAAAAUCGACAGCUUUAUUGA